AUGUUGUUCAACCAGUCAGUUUCUGUGUAUACUGGUCGCAAAGUAAACGACUUAUUUGUUGAUCUUUCUGAUGGAGUCAACCUUAUAGCUUUACUGGAGGCACUUUCUGCAGAAAGAUUGUUGCUCUGCUCUGGGCUUCACUGCGUUUUCAAAUUGAUUGUUGUUAUUAUAAGAAAUGUUAAAAGGUCUCGUGAGGUUGGUUGUACACGUUUUCACCGAAUUCAGAAUAUUCAGUAUUGCUUGGAUUUUCUGAAAAAAAAAAAUAUUAAAACAGUUAAUAUUCGGCCAGAGGAUAUCGUUGAAGGAAACCCAAAGCUAACAUUAGGAUUGAUUUGGACGAUCAUCCUUAAUUUCCAGGUGUCUGUAAUAAAACAGCGGCAGCUGGAGAGUACAACCUGCUGCCAGGUUUUGCUUGCGCUUCUUCACCUUUUUUCUUUCGCUGCUAUUUCAUUUUCAGUAACAAUUUUUUGUUGUGAAAACUAA